GUAUCCUGAUGUUCCUGUCGUGCGUGGUAUUCCCCUCCGGCUGGGACCACAGUGAGAUCAAACAUGUGUGCGGCCCGCAGGCAGACGGGUACGAGCUGGGCACCUGUAGCCUCAGGUGGGGAUAUGUCCUGGCCAUCGUGCUCAUCUUUGACGCUUUCAUCCUUGCCAUUUUGGCCUUUGUUUUGGCGGGAACGCAAGCCAACCUGCUGCCAGAUGAGUACAAAAGCGAGAAAGCCGGGGCUGUGCCGCCGCUGAGUCCUGGGGCCCGCAGUGACGUCACAGACAGCGCCAUCUACGCCAACAACGACUCGUACUUCAUGUCCCAGUUCUCGCUGGGCCGCGCCACAAACAAAAGCCAGGGCCGCUCCAACAGCUCCUUCAUCAGCGACUAGAUCUAGUCACAGUAAUCUGCUCUACUAAGCUGACAAAACGCUUUUUUUCAUUUUGGCGCCAAAAACUUUGUUCUUCGAAAUCGAAAAAGCCUGAUUAGUUAAUCUACUAGUGUGAAAAAAUCAAAGUGAAACUGUGACUAGUUUGUUUAGAUUAAUGAAUUAGAAUUUAAAUUUUAGAAGUACUCUAUUUUUCAACGGUUACGCUGACAAAAAAACAUCUUUCUCUCGAAACUGUUGUGAGAUUUUUUUAAAGGCGUUUUGUCAGAUUACAGUACAGUUAGUGACUUCAUACUCGAUUCACGACACUUCUGAUACCGCGCUAGAAAUGGUUACACUUACAUCCAUUCAUAAUGAUUCACGUCAAAAUUUUAGUAAAACUGCUAAUUCGAAUUAGAUUUAGAGCCAUUCCUUUCUCUGUUCAGUAGAUUAAGUUCAAAGAAAACAUAGAAUCUCUCCAAAACAAAACAAAAAAAACAAAAAAAUAUUUUGCUAAUUGUGGGACAGACAACAUUAUUCGCAGAUUUCUUUUUUAAAAAACCUCAUUUGCCAAUUUGAAACAGUGAAAACAAUUACGGUUAUUUAAAAAGAACAACUUGCAGGUCCGAACAGAACAAAACAAAAUCUGUUUUAAAAAACCACGACGUCACACCACGAACAUUUGAUUAGGAGUUGGGAGUUGUGUAUUUCACAUCAGCACAGGACUGACCCUGGACAUCAUCGGAAUAUGAAAUUCUGUUUUGUCUUCUGGGGGAUUUUUCAGUUCGAAUUGUUGCUAGAUAAAGUUGGUGGAAAGGCGCCAAAAAAAACUUAUAAACUACGAUAUCGUUUCCCGUCAUUUGAUUUAAGGCUCGAGAGCUAAAAUAGGUUAGACAACUGAAUGAUUUGAAAAAUAACUGGUUUCUUUUCGAGUGAAGCAUAUUGUAUACACCAUCGUACAAGUUGGAGUAUACACAAUACAAGUUGUAGCGAUUUGGUUCUGGGACAUCGCGCCGAAGUACCACUUCUGUUGUCUGAGUGUUGAGUGUUGAAAUAUACAUUCCAUGAUCGAACAUCAGGAUUGAAUUUCUAAGAAGAAAAAAAGAAGAAAAAACUAUAGGAAGUUGAUUCCUCUUCUGUACAAAACUAUGUUGAACGUUUUUCAAAAUCCUAUAAUGAUUGAAACGGCUAAUGUCUAAAUAUAGGUAGAUAUGGCACAAAGUUAAUUAAGUCUGACUUAUAAUGCACUGUUCUCCUACCAUUGAAUUUUGCUCUGUGCUUAAAAUUUUACUUAUACCAUUCUGAUUGAUGAAAAAUUGGCAUCUGCUAUAAUGCCUGAAAAGAUCAGUAUCAUUUCCAUUAAUUCAGACAACUGAAUAAUACAAUCACUUUAUAACUUUAAUUGCAGAUCUUUCGAUUUUUUUCCCUUAGUGAGGAUUGGUAAGUGGGGCGUUAAAUAAAUCAUGUAUUUUUCCUGUUUCGUCUCAUCUGUAAAUACAUAAUAUUAUUAUGUUUCUGUAAAACCGUUUUGUGAUGACAAUUAUUCGACUUAAUUAUGCCUGUACAUUUGUCAUUGUGACCUUAAAAAUGUACCCUCUAAGACUUGAUAAAAUCAUCUAUAUUACAACUAUC